GUCACUUCCUGCAGUCAGACAGCCAGUUCGGGCCAGUUCAUCGUUGCUGUAGUACUCGGUCUGUCCCAUUGAGCUGUCAACACACGGCAAACCUCCUCUCUGCCGUGACAACAUUUUUCUAUUCAACUUAGCCCGUUUUCUCCGUCAGCGACGUUUUUCACCAGAUAACAGCUACUUUCUUCUCACUAUGACUCGAAGGUGAUCUUCAGCGUGUCCAGGUGGUUCUGGGGUUCCAGGUUAGUGUGGUUAGAGAGCAAGCUAACUGUGGGGAAGAGGACCGCCUGGGGCAUUUAGUCCCUGGCUCUCAAGUGACUAAGGAAGGGGCUUGGCAAACUGUUCUGCAGCAUGGAGAAGGAAGACCUCAAGAUUGUCAACAAGGGGGAAGAGGAGGAGAUGGAGCUGCAGGGUUACCGUCUGUGUCGUUGGCGGCUGGCCCUGGUGGGCCUCGGGGUGCUGUGUACAGGGGGCUUCCUUCUCCUGGUGCUCUACUGGAUGCCAGAAUGGUGCGUCAAGUCCACCUGCACUCGUACCACAGCCCGUGAUGCCGAAGUGGUGUUGCUGCGCUCCACGGAUGAGUUCCGGCGCUGGUUCCUGGCCAGGGUGCGAGUGAUGCUUGCCCCAGGGAGAAACCCCUUCCACAGCCUGGAGACCCAGACCACCUCCCCCUCCUCCCCUUCCUCUCCUUCCUCCCUCUCCUGCCCCUUCUCCUCCUCUGCUUCCCCACCUCAGGCCAACGGACACACCGAUCACCCCUCCGAUGGCAGCCCUGCUCAGGAGCUCAUCAUAAAAUUUGCAGACUACCAGCCCACGCAGAUUCGCUACUUUACCUUUCAUAGCACAAAGUAUUAUUGGAACGACGAGAAGCAAAACUUUGAGGUUUUAACUGGCCUGGAGGAUCUGCAGGUCAGCUGCUCCACCCUCCACUCGGAGCACAGCACAGGCCUGACUAGGAACCAGCAGGAGUACAGGAGACUGUUCUUCGGAGUGAAUGAAAUUGCAGUGAAAGUGCCUUCUGUUUUCAAGCUGCUUAUCAAAGAGGUCCUCAACCCUUUCUACAUCUUCCAACUCUUCAGUGUGAUCCUGUGGAGUGCCGAUGAGUAUUACUACUAUGCUGCGGCCAUUGUUUUAAUGUCGGUCAUAUCCAUAGCUACCUCUUUGUACACCAUCAAAAAGCAAUACGUCAUGCUUCGUGACAUGGUGGCAGCUCACAGUAUUGUUCGUGUGUCCGUAUGCCGAGCCAAUAAUGAUAUCGAGGAAAUUUUGUCUACUGAUCUGGUCCCCGGUGACGUGAUGGUCAUUCCCAGCAAUGGGACCAUCAUGCCAUGUGACGCCGUGUUGGUCAGUGGCACCUGUAUCGUCAAUGAAAGCAUGCUUACAGGUGAGAGCGUUCCAGUGACAAAGACCAACCUCCCAAACCCAGGGACAGGUGACGGGGGGGAGGAGGCUGGUAGUGCCUACAACACAGAGGAGCAUAAGAGACACACACUCUUCUGUGGCACCAAUGUCAUCCAGACCCGCUUCUACACAGGCGAACUGGUCAAGGCUGUAGUGGUGCGCACAGGUUUCAGCACAGCUAAAGGCCAGCUGGUGCGCUCCAUCCUUUAUCCCAAACCCACCGACUUCAAGCUGUACCGCGAUGCCUACCUCUUCCUGUUGUGUCUGGUGGCUGUGGCUGGAAUCGGCUUUGUUUACUCCAUUGUACUCAGUAUCAUGAACGAGGUGCCAGCUAAGACCAUCAUCAUUGAGUCCCUGGACAUUGUCACCAUAACAGUGCCACCGGCGCUGCCAGCCGCCAUGACAGCCGGCAUUGUGUAUGCACAGCGACGCCUAAAACGUAUUGGCAUUUUCUGCAUCAGCCCACAGAGAAUUAAUAUCUGCGGACAGAUCAAUCUGGUGUGCUUUGACAAAACUGGAACUCUGACAGAAGAUGGGUUAGACCUGUGGGGAGUCCAAAGGGUUGAGAAUGGCAGCUUCCACCUGUCAGAAGAAAAUGCCUACAAAGAAAAUCUCGUCAAGUCCCAGUUUGUGGCUUGCAUGGCCACAUGCCACUCACUUACUAAAAUAGAAGGCCAGCUGUCUGGGGACCCGCUGGACCUCAAAAUGUUUGAGGCUACAGGCUGGAUCUUGGAAGAGGCUACUGAGGAGGAAACGUCUCUCCAUAAUCGUAUCAUGCCCACUGUCGUUCGACCGCCUAAGCAGCUGUUGCCCCCGGAGCCUGCUGUAACACCAGAGCAGGACAUGGAACUCUAUGAGCUCUCGGCAGCCUAUGAGAUUGGUAUUGUGCGCCAGUUCCCUUUUUCUUCAGCGCUGCAGAGAAUGAGUGUAGUAGCUCGUCUCCUCGGGGAGAAACGUAUGGAUGCCUACAUGAAAGGUGCACCAGAGGUUGUGGCUAGUCUCUGCAGAAGAGAGACGGUGCCAGAAAACUUUGCAGCGGUUUUGGAAGGCUACACAAAGCAGGGUUUCAGAGUCAUUGCUCUUGCUCAUCGGCGGCUCGAAUCAAAACUUACUUGGCACAAGGUCCAGAACAUCAACAGGGAUCACAUAGAAGCAAACAUGGAGUUCCUGGGUCUCAUCAUUAUGCAGAACAAGCUGAAGCCAGAAACUCCAGGGGUGCUGCAGGACCUUCAUCAAGCCAGCAUUCGCACAGUCAUGGUUACUGGUGACAACAUGCUGACGGCCAUCUCUGUGGCCCGCGACUGCGGAAUGAUCCCUCCCCAGGACACAGUCAUAAUUGCCGAUGCCCUCCCUCCACACGAUGGACAAGCCGCCAAGAUCACCUGGAGAUACGCUGACAAACCUCGCAAUGCAUCCCGAAUUCAGGAAGUGAACAUAAGCCUGGAGGAUGUGUGUCACAUAGAUGAGCCCAAGAGCCAAGAGCUCUACCACUUUGCUAUGAAUGGAAAAUCAUUUGCUGUAAUCGAUGAACAUUUCCCAGAUAUGCUUCAAAAGCUCGUGUUGCGCGGCACAGUGUUUGCCAGAAUGGCACCUGACCAGAAAACCCAGCUGAUUGAGGCACUGCAGGGUGUUGACUACUUUGUUGGAAUGUGUGGCGAUGGCGCGAAUGACUGUGGGGCUUUGAAGAGGGCUCAUGGUGGGAUCUCUCUGUCAGAGCUCGAAGCCUCAGUAGCAUCUCCCUUCACCUCAAGGACCCCAAACAUCUCCUGUGUCCCUAACCUAAUCAGGGAGGGCCGUGCUGCUCUUAUCACCUCCUUCUGUGUGUUUAAGUUUAUGGCCCUCUACAGCAUCAUCCAGUACAUCAGCGUCACUCUCCUCUACUCUAUUUUAAGUAACCUUGGCGAUUUCCAGUUCCUCUUCAUCGACAUUGCUAUCAUCCUCCUCAUUGUCUUUACCAUGAGUCUGAACCCAGCGUGGAAAGAGCUGGUGUCCCGUCGUCCUCCAUCAGGUCUGAUCUCAGGGCCUCUGCUGUUCUCUGUGCUGACCCAGAUCCUCAUCUGCUUGGGCUUCCAGAUCUGGACAUUCCUUUGGGUCAAACAGCAGCCCUGGUACAAAGUUUGGACGCCACUUGCCGACGUCUGCAACCUCACAUCACACAUUGAAAUGGACUUUGAAAAUGAGACAGAAGAGGACGAGCACAACAUCCAAAACUAUGAGAACACCAGCCUCUUCUACGUCUCUUCCUUCCAGUAUCUCAUUGUUGCUAUUGUUUUCUCCAAAGGCAAACCUUUCAGGCAGCCGAGCUAUAAGAAUUGGCCUUUUGUGCUGUCUGCCGGGAGUUUAUAUGUUUUCCUGCUGUUCAUCUUGUUCUUCCGAGUAGACGUCAUUACUGAGUUUAUGGAGAUUGUUUGCAUCCCGUUUGAAUGGAGGCUAAGACUUUUCCUCAUCAUCCUAGUCAAUGCUGCUGUGUCUGUUUUGGUGGAGACCGUCAUCCUUGACAUCGUCUUACGGAAGCUUGUGUUCAGCCGAGACAAACAGGGCAACUUUGGCGUCACUCCUGCCGCCCCAGCACCACAGGGAGCCAAUGAUCUGUAUGGACACAAGUAUCUGUCCUGCCAAUGUUGCCCCCGCAAGAUGAGACCCAAAGCUCGCUACAUGCACCUUGCCCAGGAACUCAGUGUGGACCCUGACUGGCCUCCAAAGCCCACCACUACCACUGAAGCCAAGCCACGCCCAGAAAAUGGCUCUGCCUAUCAAAUCAUGAUCAACUCCUAGCACCCCACAGCCUGUACUAGCUUAUCCAGCUUCUACCUUUCAUACAGGAAACAUGCAUAUGAGGUGUGUUCAGCAAAUUUCAAUGGAACUGUCAUGGGAUAACUGCUUGCCUUCACUGUUCGUGCUCCAAUGCUGUAUAGUUUCAGAUACUGUAUUACUGCGCAAAAAAAAAAAAAAAAUCUAUGACACACAUCUACCAAAUGAAUUUACAUUGAACUUCUCUCAGUACUCUUGCUCUCUUUGGUUCACCCCCACACACGCUCUCAGGUUGCUUUUUAUUUAUCGUUAAAGGUGCAAUAUGUUGAACACCUUACUCUAGAAAAGGUCAGUGUUGUUUUGCAGGGGCAUGCAGCAGCUCCUCUGGAAGUAGUGCUGCUUUUACUUUACCAAAUUACUACUUUACUUUGCAAGGAAGGAUAAGUGCAGCAAACAGCACAAGGCUAAAACUGACCAUAGCAGGUUGGGCUCCACUGUUUUACAUUGACUUUAUAAAAGAAAAAUCCAAUCUCUGGGAAGAGCUCUUCCUUCCUUCAUGUUAGACUGAUGCAGGCUUUAUGCAACAGUGACUCAGUGUCUCAUCUUGAGAUACAGUGCAGUAUUACACUUCAGUACAGGCUGGCGCUACCUCGUUAGCAUCCUUACUUCAGUAGCUGUCAUACAAUCUUCUGAUAAUUUGUUAAUUUUUAAGCAGUUUUAAACUACCAGUCUUGUAUGUUUCACCUUUAAAUGUCACAAAUUGAAAUCCUCCUUUAUUACAGUGUCUUUACUGAAACUAAGCAGCAUUCAACUCAGUCUAGAAGGAACGUUGAAAAGCCAUCAAAAUGGUGCAUUGGCCCCUUCAAAUGAACGUUCAGUACAUGUUCAGCAUAACCUCACUUUGUCUGUGUGCAAGGGGGUGGAAAAGAGAGCCCGGGGCCCACUACACUCCACAGCUAGCCUCACAUACAUGUUCUGUCAGAAAUCUCAGUUAAGGAGUUUAAUCCUAAUUAAGUUAUUCCUUUUAUAUGAUUGUCAUAAAUAACAAGAUCUGCAGAUUACAAUAUUGACCACAAUACUAGAGUUUUAAGAGUGAAAUGGGGAUGUGUAGGUGUUUCAGAGAACACUGAAACGGAGAAUGGAGAAGUACGGCAUAAGAUAGGAUGUGUUUAUCAACAGACAUUUGCACAUAUCUUAGCUGAUGUGAAUAUUGCAAGCUCUAAUUGCUACUGUGUAGUGCUCUUUUGCAGCUAAUGUAGAUACAUAGAAUUAUGUAAGUGCACCGGCUUAACCACCUAGUGGUCCUUCAUUAGAAAGCAUAGAGAGAUGAAGCUUAUCACGAAUACCAGCGAGGACUGAAAUGAACGCUUUUAAAAACAGAAUUCAGUCAGCUGUGAGGAGGUUUGCAAUUGUAUACUGGCUGCAAUCAAUGCUUUGUGCAGUUACACACCCAUAAGGGGAAGUACCUUUAUAUUCCUGCUUUGAAGACACCCACAUAUAUCUAAUUGGCUUUUGGAGAUCAUGUUAAACAUCUGAAGAAUACAGAAUUAUUUUUUUUAAAUCUACCAUCAGAUAAAUUUGGUCCAUGAUUUGUUGACCUGCUACAAUUAGAUGUGACCCGUUUCAAAAUCAGCCUGUUCUCAGGAACUUUUCAUUUCCAUGGCUAGGAAGGUUAGGGAGAGUGUUUUUUACAAAUUGAUUGGGAUUAAGUGUCAUUUAUGCCAAGUCAACUUUCAGUCGGGCAAUUUAUGGCUUGGUAAAUAAUGGGGGGGGGGACCUUGAUGCUACAGAAGGAUAUGAUUAUGUUUAAAAAAACAAACAAAAAAACAGUGAAUAUUUGAUGUACUUCCAUUAUGGGUUUUUUAUGUUUGUUUGUUUUGUCCAAACAUGCUACCUCUAAAACAAAUGACUGAAUUCUCAUCUAUCUUAACAGUACUGGCAUUAAUGCUAAUAUAUCAUAGUAAUAGAUAGAUUUUACAUAGCAUAUUGCAUCUUUAUUAUAAUUGUCAGGAUCACAUGCUGUUAACGCUGACUGGGAACAGCAUUGCCUCCGUUUGGCACCUCCCUAUCCAUCAAUACUGCUUUGGCCUUCUAGUGCUGAAAAUCUAGCAAUUGCCUCUACUAACUGUGCUUCUCUCUACUCUUUCAAAUUGUUUUCUAGUGUGUAAUAAGCUUUAUAGAAUUAUGGGCUGCUAGUGGAACUAUAAAUCAUAAAUAUUUUGUUUGCAUCUACUGUAUGAGCCAUGUCCUGUCAGCAGAAAACAUGGAAAGACAUGCAUGAAACCAGCUCUCUAUGACCACGCUCUGAAGAUGGUUGAUGGUUGCAAUGCUAGAAAUAUUACUUUAAUUACAAAGCUUAACUAUAGAAUUAAGAAAGAUUAACAUUACAUUUAUGUAUUACAAAAAAGGAAAGAAUCUACAUCAUAAACGGCAUGAAUCUGUCUGAUUAUUGUGGACAGCUAACCACAUGCAUGAUACCAUAUGAAUCUAAGCAUCUGCAUCUUCAAAUCCUUUUUAGAUUGGCUCCAAAAAGGCAGAAGUACAUGCUUACAUUUUCAGUUUUAAAAUGAGAUUUCUUCCUAUGGAAGACUGAUUACAAUACUGUACUGCAUUAUAGCAACUGUGCAACUGAUCCACUCGCUGUUUUAAAGCACCCAUGAAACGACAAACCCCGUACAAGAUGGAUGUUUACGCAGCCAGAUUUCUAUAUUACACGUAGCCGGAUUGCAAAGAGUCAAGAGCUGUAUUUAUGCUCACUCCUUUUGUUGGCAUUUACAGUAAUACUCCAUGAAAUGUCUUUCAGACUCACCCCACUAAAUUUUGAAGGAGCUGUAAAUGAUUGAAGGCUCUCUCUAAUAAAAUCUAAUAGGGAAAGUUCAGUCUUUUAAAAUGGGUUUCAGUCAUUAGUGAUCAAACAGAUGGGUGGGAAAGAUGAGCAAUCUUAUAUGAGAGAGUUUGAAGAUUUUUUUUUUAAAGUUUGCAUUCAUAGCCAUGGAAGUGGAGAAAUGGGCAAACUUCUUUACAUGCAGAUUUAAAAACCAGUAAAGGCUGACUGUAGUAUCACUUUAAACCAACUUGCAUAAAUCAGGUUAACUGUAUCAGUGUAAGUGUAAAGCACAGCAGGUUGCCUUUCAUGAAUUGUAGUGGUUCAGUUUCUUCAGAGUGCUCAUUAGAGAUUAUGUGACGCCAUGCAAAAAGAAACGAUUAACAAAAAACUUGAUUCCUCCAGGGGAAAAAUGGCGCAAAUGAAUUUUCAGACAUCCUAACGGCGCUGUGAUUGACUUCUUCAAGCAUUUAUCUCGUCCAUUGAUUAUGAUUUUUUUUUUUUUCUAUACAGUGGAAAUCGUCAUAUUAGUAAAAAUAAUGUAAGGUUGCUCCAGUGCUAAAAACCAUUUCAGCAGUGUCUAUUCAGAUGCAUUCAUGUGAAAGUUGGGCCCCAUGUUGUAUAAACCUUUCCUUGGAUGCAUUGUUCAUUACCUUGUGUGUAAAGAAGGAUUUAUAGAUGGGAUGCAGAUGUGAUGAUUUGUAUUCAUGCAGAUUCAAAGCAUGGCUCACGUUGGCAUUUUUGUGCUCAUUAGCAGAAUGGUUAAAGUGUGUCGUCAUGUUUUGAUAUUUUAGUCUCACUGAAAGCAAUUUGGCUUGUGGGCUCUGACACUGGUCACAUCCGUCACACGACUUUCUUGCUUUUUUUAUUUUUUAUAUUAAUUAUAUAUAUAUAUGGUUUUUUUUUUUCUAGGUGACUUGUGAGGUUAAGAAUGAAUGUAAUGCAAAAAACCUACAAAAUUUAAUCCAAUGCAAUAUUACAAUUAUUGAUAUUUCCAAAGACUUUUCAUCACACUUUUUUCUUUCCAAAAAAAGACUGAGUGAAAGAGAGAGGUUUCAUCUGUCCUCUGUGUCAGUUUCAACAUAGCAGAAGACGGUUUUUAGUGGUGAUAAUGUUAAUAAUGUUAGAGGUUGGAUCAUAUAUGAGAUGUAGAUUUCUAGUUUGUGCAGAAGAGUUGAAAGUUAUAAAAAAAAAAUUAUGGUUUUUGAAUUAUCAAAGGGCUGGUGUGUCUUUUUCUACUUUUUUGGUACUGUGUUACAAUCAUUUAUCUAUUUUUGAUUUGUACUGUCAGAUGGAUUAAUCUGUACUUUCACUUUUGUUAUGGAGUUGCAUUAUCUUUGUUUUUGGGGCAUAAAUCCUGGGCAUUUAUUUCAUAGUUUGAAUCGAGUUUUGCAAAGUAUGAUUAGGGCACUUGGAUUAAUAUCAUUUGGGCAAAAACGUGUUAUAAAAUGUUCACCAUCCUAAUUUCAAAGAUUUGUCUUAAAAAAAAAAAAAAAAAAAAAAAGGAAAAAAAAAGAUCUGUUUCUGUUUUGUUUUUCACUUUUUCUUCGGUUUCUUUUGUGUGUAAACUUUGAAUUAAAUUCUGUCACAAAAAGGGAAUUCAGCUGCAGUAGGUUAGGCAUCUCUGCUUAGCUCAUUCACAAUAUGAGCAUCAUCUGACAAUCUUCUCUGUCCUGAUCGUCAUAUGUAUGUAUUUUACUUUUUCUUGUUUUUUGUGUAGAGCUUUUUAAACACUUCCAUGUAAAAUGUAAAUGUAAUUUAGCAGAAUGUGCAUCGUUGUUCAACAUCAGAGGCCUGUUGUCAUACAUACAUAGCUGCUUAGGAGCAAAAUGUUUCAGUCUCAGCUGCGUCAUCACUGUGCACUUCAACACAAACAGUUCCACCUAUAGACGUGCAAAGUGUGAGUACUACUACUGCUUUUCCCUGUACUCGGGUUUUGCCUUUUACUGUAACAACUGUAUAGAAGCAGUGGAUCUUAUGCUGAAACCUCUAUGCUCUUAAACAGGUACAAGACACCAACUGUUCAGUUAGCAUUGGCCUCUUAUUUAAACCAUGUAUUUAAAACACACCACCGAAUGGCAUUUAGAUUAAAUCUAAAUUUAAUCUGAAUUAAAUCUGAGUGAAUGAACACUCGUGGAUGUCGUUUCCUCAGGGAACUGGGUCUAUUUGAUCAUGUAUUUGUUAUGAAUUAAGAAAUAAAAGUUGAAACCCACACUGAAUGGAAAAAAAAUCAACACACUGUUGAUUUAAUAACUUUAUCACAAUCUGUUUUUUUUUGUUUUGUUUUGUUUUCUCCCCAGGACUAUUUGCUGUGCUUAUUUGCAGGUCCCUUACCUCAGCAAGAGGGUAUAUGUAUUUACUUUUUAGCAGAUGUAAAUUUUUUUUAAAGAAUUUUGUACUUUAUAAUUUAUUUCUUAUUUAUUUUAUGUUCUUUUCCCCUGAGGAUUGUAUUUCAAAUUUAUCUUGAUUUCUUUCUUUUCAAUAAAUGUUUUUUAAAGCAA